ACUGAACUUGUGCUCAAUACGCGGAGAACAGUACGCCGGUGUGCCGGGCGACGAUAUGACUCUCGCGGUGGCGUCCGCGUGCUCAACCGGUGCAAGGCGACGCGGACGACGACCGCGACCGCGACCGCGACGGCCGCGCAAUAACCGCGCGUUGUUAUUAUUGUUGUUGUCACGAGUUUGGUCACGGUCCAAUAACGAUUAAAAACCGCGAGCCGUCCCCAUCGGAGUUACAAUGCCCGCCAAGUAUUAUUCCGUAUACAGUCACCGGUUCACCGUCACCAAGUAAGUGAUGCCGCGCUCGACCGCGGCAACGUUAUAAAAUAUUAUGAGUAUUUCGUUUGUUACGCGAGGGCCGCCCGUGCGUUCCAUGUCCGGCCGCGCCGGGCAUACCCGCGAGCGCGAUCAGACCACCGACUUUGUGGGGCCGGAAUCGUAGACUCGCCACAGACCCGGAGGUAACAGCAGCGGAUAUUGGGUGGUGGGAACGAUUGGCGGAUUGCCCCCUUAACCCCUUUGGGUUUUCGUCAUCUAUGUUUAUAAUUAUUACUUACAGCUUAAUAUACUUAUAAGCAUACACGGGACGUAGUGAAGGGAAAUUGAAUCGUACAAUUUUGAUAACAUUUUUUUUCAGAUUCUGGGUGUAGCGAAGAAUGUAUUGAUUUUACAAAGAUGUUAAUUUUUUUUUUUUUUUUGUAUACUGCGUACACAAAUCUACCAGCAAUUUUGCUCCGAUUUACAACGAUGGCACUUUUUAUGAGAGGAAAUCUGCCUGGGAUACUUUAGGGAGGUCAUUUUUGGGUUUUCUUAGGAGUUUUCCCAAUAGAGGAAAUGAGGUCAAUGAGGAACAUAGACACAAUAUUAAACAAAUGUUAUUAAAGAAAAUAUAUAAUGCAUAAUAUAUAAUUAUUUUAUCAUAAUUUAACAUACUAUGUCAAAACAACACCAUCCGUACCCGAACCCUACUCACAAUCGUUUUUCGUUAGCAAUGUUAAUCGUUGCGUACAGAUAUAGGUACGUUAAAUCUCCCCUCUAUAUACCUUCCAUACCUAUGUGCGAAUUAUGUCCGUCUUUUUUUUUUCGUUAUUAUCAAUUAAAAUGAUAAGAGGUCACGACCGUGUAUUGUAAUCGUAAAUUGAACAGUUUUUUUUUUUAUUUAUGAUUGUAAUCAGCGAUCAUUGGACUAUUGGUGUAUUAUAUAGAAUUAAAUGUUAACAACAGACUGCAGCUGCUAUAAUUGUGUUGAAGCACAAUAGCCAAUCAUAAUAGUUUAAUGCUGCAAUUUCAGUUUAUAAACUGGUGUAGUUUUUCACAUCAGACCCGUGCGCAAUGGGAUUAACCCCCCCCCCCCUCCCACGUUUUCGAAAAAUAUAAUUUUGUUUUUCAUUUUGGAUCGAUUAUAUUAAAUAUUUUAUAAUAUCUUAUUCGUACCUGUCUGUAUAAUUUUGCAUAACGUCUCAAAUGAUACACGACCACUAUUCAGUAUAUCGUCACGUUCGUUAUCAACAAAUGUCAAUAGAAUUUAUGUCAAGAACAUACGCGAUAAUAAUAUGGAUACAAAACACGAGUAGUGCACGGAUAUAAUAUUAAAAGUGGUUUGUAAUCAUAAAAAAAUAACGAUUGCGGGCUCAGAGUGAAACGUUAGCUGCUGUUACACUAACAAAUUGUUAGCACUAACAUACGAAAGUUUUUCAAAAAACCACAGCUAGAAAAUGAUAGCGUAAAAAAUUAGGAAAACAGUUCGAUUACCCGUGUUACGUAUCAAUAAACCUACAAUGGAUAAACAACUUUAUUGUACCGAUAAUGGCGCAUAGUGUACUGCUCAGAGGUGAAGAUCCUGGCAACUAUUAGUGGGUGGCUUAAAUAUUUUGUAGCAUAUAAAGCUGUGGGGACUAUGCCCCCAUGCCCUCACACAAUUUUCCAACACUACAAUGUGUAACAAAAAUACUGCAUACUUACCUACUAAUAAUAUAUUAUAAAAUACGAAAUACAUUCAUUUUAUAAAAAUGAAUAUUCAAAAUACAAAAAACAUAAUUCGACCAAUAUUCUAAAAAUAAAACCGUUUUUAAGUCAGUAAUAUUAUUUUUAUCACUACACUCAAUUCUUCGAUUUGGUCAGCCACGACAGAUUAGAAAGUCUAUAGAGCAAGUUAUUUAUGCAAAUAAAUACAUGGAUUAAUUUAGAUUAAAUUAUUUCUGAGAUUAUGUUUUAAAACGUAAAAUAUUAUUUAAUAAUCAGUAGGUAAUCACUAUAGGUAUCAAUUUUGUAAAAUAUAUGUUAUGUUCAAAAAGAGUAUACAUGUAUACAUAUAAUUAUUUUUAAAAACAGAUACAUAUUAUCUUAGGAAGCUUAAAAUACAUUUGAUGGAACUAAGCCCCCAAACCCCCCCCCCCCCUCAAAAAAUAAAAGUCAUUUUUGUAACAGCCAAACACUUUAUCAAACCCAUUACGAUGUUCGAUAAAUAAUUAUUGGUCAUUUAUGUAACCGGCACACAGUAAUCUGAGAACGAAAUUUAGGUGGCAAAAAUAGGACAUUAAAAAUGUUCAAAAAAUGUAUUUUUUUUUUCUAGGAUCUCAUUAGUAGAUAAUUACUAGUGUAAAUAUAAAAUUUCAGUUUCAUAAUAUUUUUUAACUGGAGUUAUAGCUAAAUGAACUAGAUAAAUUUGGUUUUUCUGUUCUUUUAAAAAUAAAAAUGCCGAUAAUUCAUUAAUUUUUUUGGCUAUUUGAAAUGUUUAAAAUGAAAAAAAAAUGAAUUACCGAAAAAUCGAACCUUAUUUGUGUUUUCUUUUCCACAGACUGCAGUACAAAUUUUCUCAAGUUUAUCUAAUAACCAAUAUAUGCAUUUUAUAAAGGAAGUUCUCAGCUACAAGUAUAUACAAUUUUUUAUUGCGUUGCUUUAGACAAAUCAUAUUGUCAUAAAAAUAUAGUGUUUUUGAAAUUUUAAAUUUUGUAUAAACAUUUAAUUGAUUUAAUUGUCUGUAUACAAUUUAAUAACACAAUAUGUACAAUUUUUAUUUACAAGUGUAAGACUUUUGAGGGGCUAAUCAUUAAAUAAAGUUAUAUUGGGAAAUCCAGUAUUUAAUUUAAACAGAUACGAUGAUAUUUAUCAGUAAGAUUACGAUUAGACAUAUUAUUAUGCCUUGCGGUGUUAUAAAUACACUUAUGAUGUGCUAUGUGCAUUCAUUUCUACGAGUAACUUUUGAAGUUUCAUAGAGAUUAGUAUUACGUUUUUGUAUUGAAACGAAGCAAAAUAAUUAAAUACAUAUACGUUACCGUUAAGGAUUUAAAUUAAAUAAACAAUUUUCAAAUUAUAAUUUUCUUCCAGGCUCUGAUAAUGUACACAAUUUUCUUUCUAAGGAUUCGAGCCUGGUUAUCAACUCUUUAAAAUAGGCCAGAAAUAAGAAUUAUAAAAAUAUUUGAGAACAUUAUACACGAAAAAGCUGUAGACAAAACACCAAUCUUUUAAAUAUGUUAUUAGUUUCAUCUAAUCCAUAUAUUUCGUCGCUGAGAAAUUCAUCAAAAAAAAAAAUAUAUAUAUAAGUAUUUAACAAAAACUAAUAUUUAAUAAAAUAUUUGUUUAAUUUUCAAAAAUAUUAAAAAAAAAAAAACAUUUUUGCAAAUGCAACGGGACGCAAUAAAAAAUUAUAUAUUCUUGUAGCUAAGAACUUCCUUUAUAAAAUGCAUACAUUUGGUAUAGGGUAUAACUUAAGAAAAUUUUUACUGCAGUUUAAUUUCACGAUUUAUUUUUUAAAAACACGGACGACGUUUUCUACCAGAAAAAAUCAUUUAAGUGAAAAAUUACAAGAUACUUUUUUUUUUUGUCUUUUCGGUUUACUUUCUUACGGUAUCAUCGCCAAAACUUUUGAGAUUUUAAGGAAUUUUAAUUUUUGAGAGUUUUUUUGCGGUAAUUCGGUUAUAAAUACACGCAAAUACUUGAAACUCGGUUAUAAUACUUAUAUUAAACUUACCUAGACGUGGUACGAUUUUCAAAAUCAUCGGACGACUUUUUAAUUUUUUUACAAUGGUACUUUUUUUUAUAUACUGUAGACCACUUUUAUCCUAGAGAACUUGCUCUGACGUAUAAGUGUAGCACUUUUUCUGAAAUUCAAUUUCAUCUACUUGGUAAAUACAUAGGUCAUUUUUUGAUUUUCGAAACAAUAUUUAAAAUAAAAAAGAUUAACCGGGAAAAAAUUACGAUUUUUUCACGAUUUCGUUAUUUUAAAUAACUACCUACCACGUUUUCUAGCACAAAUAUAACUCCAAUUGAAAAACGACUAGAGACCUUUGUUGUUGAAUUAUUAAUCGUGUGUUUGAUGAUACAGAUUAUUUUUUUUUGAUUUUUGAAUUAAUUUUCAUAAUAAUCGGGGAAAAAACGUAGGAAUAUUAGGUUGAAAAAAUACGACAUUCCAAAUGAUGUAUUACCGAACUGCACUCAGAAGCGUCUUUUGUCAGCAAUGGUUUAUCGUUGCUUACAGAUAUACAUAAAAUUCCUGUCUAUAUCUUAUCUUCUUAACUUCCCACCUAUAUAACCUAGGGCAGCUUCUUUUUUUUAUGAAAGCCUCCCGACCAUAAGCGAGCGCACAGGAUAUGCCAGGUGUGCCUGGGCACUACCCAAAAAUUGUGUGUAUACAUUUGUUUUUUUUUGUUUUUUGCUAUUAUGUUGACAUAUGACAAUUGCAGAAGGUAUAAGUUUUAUAUUUUGUACAAUUACCAUCACUUUAUUUUGCCUUAUUUUAAAACUAUUAGUUCAUACAUUUCGACCUCACUGCCAAUUUCGUUCAUAUCAUUUACGACUGUAUAACUGUUAUUUAUUUAUAGACUAUAAUUAUCAAUUGAUUAUUACAAAGAAAUUUUUACUUUUAAUUUUUUUAGGAGUAUGAUAUUUAAUUAGAUAGUUCAGUAAUUGAUACAAUUAUGAAAACUAAUUUAAAGACAGUGAAUAGAAUUAAUUAUUAUUUUGUAUUAUUUAUUAUUGAAAGGUAAUCAAAGUUGAUUGGGGAGGUGGAUUCACCUAAUACAUUAAUUUUUCUCGGGUACGAUCUGAACUUAAAGUCUGCGCACGCCUAUGCUCCUGGCUCCUUUCAAGAAAUCCAGCGCACAAGCCUGUUUUGGACGUUUACAAUUAAAUUUUAAUUAUACCCGCACAUCGGUGGGUGUUAUCAAUUUUGUUUACAGUUAUUAUUGAUCAACGGUUCUUAUUAAUUGUAUUGUUGUUGUUAUUUAGAUGUUUAGUAUGCAUUGUAUCUUUGUUCGUGGUGUUGAUUUGUUUGUGGUAUUUAAUAUUUAGAAUAUUAUUUUUGUAGUUAAAUUUAAAGGAACUGAAAAUACUGUACAUUAUUAAUUGUAAAUAGAUAAUAAAGGCUUUUGAAUUAUAUAAAUCCUUAACAGGGGGGUUAACCUCCUCCCAAUAUUUAAAAGGGAUUUUUUCGGUUCAUUAAGUGGCGCCGAUUAUUAACUAGGCUGCCGUUGUGGAUAAAGUCUAGUCACGUCUCAGUCAGUAUACUAGUCAAAAUAAGCAUUUUCAUAAAACAUCACACAGUAAGAGUCCAGCUGAAAAUGUUCAAAUAGAGUGUUAAAAAAAACGUCGAAAAAUAACAAUGUAAGGCGUUAUAAAUAUUUGUAAAAAUUAAAACCAACAAAAUUUGCAUAUUUUCGUUCAAAUUAUUGUGACUAGAUUUUCAAAACAAAUAAAUAGAGGGUAUAAACUAUAUAAACCCUAUUACCUCUGUGGAUUUGAAAAUCGCAACCCCGCAGAACUAAGAUAUAUCCGCCACUGGGGAUGGGGGGGGAGACAAUGCUUCAAUAAUCCCCUUUAUAUGACACCUAUAUACUCGUAUAAUGAACGUCUAUACACAUAUCAUUUACGAUUUUUUGUAUAUCAUAAUAUUCUUUAUUUAGUUCGUUUUUAUUUUUUAUACGCACAUAAUGCAGUGAAAUAUUAUUUUAUCCGUGUAUUUUGUAAGCAGAACCAAAUACAGAUUGUCUACACAGACACUGCAUUAUGUGCGUAUAAAAAAUAAAAACGAACUAAAUGUGUAGGCAAUCUGUAUUUGGUUCUGCUUACAAAAUACACGGAUAAAAUAAUAUUUAGUUGAUACUACAAAAUUGAUUAUUGGGCAACUUCGGAGACGCAAAAAACCUCCUACCAUCCCCUAGUCGGGCCUAUAUGAGUAUAUCCUGUGACAUUGUGUGGAACGCGACUAACCGAUAUUAUAAUGAAUUGUACGGGGUAUACGGGGUUAGACACGGCUGAAAUAAUUCCGAAUCGAUUCAUCCGGGGGAAAAACGAUAAAAAAAACAACAAUCGGGUAAUGAGUAUUGGGUAUACCUAUAAUAUUAAGUUAUACUGCCCACGGUCUCGUGCGGAGGCGAGGUAACACCGAACAAUAAUAAUAUUACGCGACACAUAUCCGUUGUUUACAUUCAAUAAUCAAAAUAUCAAACCGUUCCUAAUAAAAUAAAAUAUACUAUUAUAUUAGUAUCAGUAGCGUCAUUUAAAUAUUUUAGAAAAGGGAGCAAAAUAUUUGACCGGUCCAUAAUAAAAAAGAAAAACCCACUCAUUAAUUCAUCCGUCACGAUUAAUACAUUUUUAUCUUAAUACAAAUAUCCUUAGUACAUCAUUUUUUACUAUUAUAGGCAUGAAUAACCCAUUUUUUCGAGGGACAACAAUGAUUAAAUAAUAAAUAUAUAUUAUGUAGAGAAAUACUUAAAUAUAUUAUCUAUUAGCUACUAUAUGAAGAUUUAAUUUGAGUUGAAUUUGCCCUUAAUUUAUGUUCUAUUUGCGCCAAUAUGUAUGGGUUAUACAUGUAUUCAUAAACAAAUUUAAAUAUAACCAUAUAAACAUGGACAUAUCUGUACAAUCAAAGAAUAAAUUAAAUAAGAAUAAACAUUCUCCAAAAAUGUACAUGGAUUCUUAUGAGAAUCCGGAAAUUUCAGCUUAAGUGCAAUUAACGUUAACAAAAAGUACAAUAAAAAAAAUAUUGUAUACAAUUAUCAUACUUAUCACAAAUAAAUCUUAAAAAAAUAACUCUGUAGCUCAGAGUGGCUGUACGGAACACAUAUAUCAUGAAUUAUGUUUGCAGACUUGUGAUCCAAAACUAACCCAUACCCUGCCCAAUAGAGGCUCGCUGAUGACUCAGUGGGAGGGGGACAAAUAUAUAUAAUUAUAUAAUAUAAGUAUAGGUACUAGUUAAUAAUUAUCUAUGCGUAAGUCUUAUGCAUAUAAUAUAGUAAAACUUAUUAUUAUUUGCAUAAGUAUAGACAAAUAAAGGGUGUUUGAACAUCAAAACACCCUCUCCCCCUCGCUACGCCGUUAGACUUAGUGUAUAUUAUAUAAAACGAGCAGCGUUGAAAAAAAAAAAAAAAAAAAAACCAAAAAUUUAUCGGAUUUUUCGAUACAUAAUAUAAUAUUGCUAAAAAGUAAAAACGCGUUCACGUUUAUAUGUUUCGUGUGACGUACGGGAAAACGCUAUAAAUAAACCGCAUUAAAAUAAUUCUAAAACGGAUUUAAUAUAAUGCGUGCGUACGAGCACUACAAUAAUAUUAGCGCGAUUCGGCUGCGGACAAGCGCCGAUAUCCGUUUCGUCUGGUCGUUGAAUUGCGUAGUGCGAACGGAAAACGGAUCGCGGGCGUGUGACGGUUACGUGUCGUUCUUUUUUUUUCUCUUUUUUUUUUUUUAUCGUUUCGUUAUCGUUAUCGCGUUAUUACCGUACGCAACUUUUCUGAUAAUAAUAACAUUUUAUACUCGUACGUCAUUUCCACGUUCGUUCGUUUUGGCACCGGAAUCACGUUGAACGUUGUAUUUCGUUCGCCAAUUUCGUAACGACAAUAUUAUUAUUAUUGCAUAUUGUUGGAAAUAUUUGAAACGCUGCCGAAAGCAAACUCAAUCCGUCGACGAAUUCGACAACAUGUAAGUUAUCAUAUACUAUAUAGAUAUAUAGUAUAUAAUGUUCUUUCGUAUUGAGUUUUCGACAGAAAAAGAAAUGAAUAUCCGUUUGAAUACCCGGUGGCGUAGCGAGGGGUUGAGUAUUGGUGGUGUAGCAACACCCCCGUCCUAUAGACUGUAUUUAUGUUUAUACUAUAUGUAUAUAAUAAAAUUGUGCAAGAUAUAAUACGUAAACGUUACUAUAUUACUAUGUAAAUUAAUUAACGAAGUUCGUUUUUUUAUAAGAAUUUUAAUAUCAAAUUUUGACGAAAAUCAUAAAUUGCCUUUCAAAGCAUGUACAACUAAACUCCGCUCAGAAUCGUUUUUUGUUUGCAAUGAUUAAUCUUCGUGUACAGAUAUACAUUAAAUUCCUCUCUAUAUCCUACCUUCCUAACUUCCCAUCUACUACAGUGCCCACCCAUCUUAUGAAGUAUGCCCGUCUGUUUUCAAUUAAUAGGUUUUGUUACUUUUCAUAACAUCUCCCUUUGGAAAUUUCGGGCUAUGUACCUACCUAACUCCUACUAUGGAUUCAAGCUUCGAAAGUAAUAGUUAUGGUAGAACCGUUAUGCGUAUAGGUACACGUAUAAUAAAACAAUAAUUUAAUAUUCAAUUUUGCAUUAGUAUUUUUUUUUUUUAUUUAUAUUUUUUAUCUUGUGAAAUAUUUUCGAACUUUUUACGUGAACUAUUGAUUUUUUGUUUCUUGGGAAUUAUCUUUAAACGAUUACCUAUUUCGCCCAAUUAUUGUGAACGGUGAAAUUCAAAACACUAGGUUAAUUUAGUUUUGGUAAAGCAAUAUCCAGGGGAAGCAAUGGUAAUACAGUUCCCCCAAUUCUGGUGAAGUUUAUUAGAAUAAUAAAAGGUAAAACAAUAUUGUACAAACAAAUCUAUCUCUGCUGUCUGUAGUUAAAUUGGGGAAAAAAAUUAACAGCGCAUCACACAUAUUAAUAAAAAAAGGACGAACAUACUUCGCACUUGGAUACAGGCCGUGCAGCUAUUAUUUUAGGUGGGAAGUUGGGAAGAUAGGAUACAGAUGGAAAUUUAAUGUAUAUCUGUAAGCAAUAAUAACCCAUUGCUAACGAAAAAGUGAUUCUGAGCGGAGUUCAGUUGAUAGUAUUACUUUGUCAACAAUAUAUUGUAUACCUGAGUCAUAUUAUGGUAAAAUGAUUACAGCAAUGUACGUUUUCAUGUCAACAAUGAUUGUUUAAAAAAAUAUCAUAAUAAUAAAAAAAAAUAAUUAAAAACAAUUGUCAAUGACAAACUUAUUUUUAAUCUUUCAAUCUUUUUUAACCUAAAGAACCAGGUUUUUCUCAUUAUCUCUAAUAUUAAUUAGAAUCUCAAAAAAUCACCUCUUUAAAGUAACACCCAGAGAAUAUUUCCUUCCAGAAAAUGUGCUACACUUGAUAAUCGGAGUAAGCUUCCUGAUAGAAAAAGUGUUCAUAUAAAAAAAAAUAAACAUCUUUGUAAAACCAUACACGCAUUCUUUGCAAAACUCAGAAUCUAAAAAUUAGUCCAAAUGCUUUAUUUUUAAUUUAAAAAUUAAUAUAAUCGGAGACGUGUAAAAUAUUUAUUAAUUUAUAAUGUGAAUAAUAAUUGUAUUGAUGUGCGAAUGCUUAAUAUAAUUUCUACUAUUUUUAGGUUAGGUUAUAUCCAUUUUACUUUGCGGCUAUGAUUAUUUCUAGUAGUUCGAAUAGUUUGUAAGUAAUAAUAAAACAAAAAUGAAGAGUUGAUACUGCUGAUGGGGUUUGCUACCGUUGUGUGUGGGAUGUUGAAAAGGUAAAAUACAUAAAGUUCUUUAAUUUAUAUCCGUAAGCAACGAUAAACCAUUACUAAUGAAAAACUAUUCUGAGUGAAGUUCGUUUAUAUUGUAUGAUUAAUGAGGCCGUAAUAUUUACAAUUUUCUACAAAAUUUGAUAUUAAAAUAAUUAAAAAAUAAUAAUAAUUACUACAUUGCAUUACAUACAGUCUUUUAUUUUACCACUAAAUACAUCUUAUUGAAAUUCCUGUUAACAAGUUGAUUGCCAUGGCCAUUUAUAUAUACAUGCUAAAAUUUUCAAGUGAUAAUUAUUAUAUGAGUCACACUUGAUUUGUAGGUUUUUUUUCUGUGACUUAUAUGUACGUAACAUUUCGUAUUUUUAUCGUGUACCACUGGUGGGUCAUUAUUUUUCGUAUCAAUUCUUUAUCAGCAAAAUUGUAUAAAUAUUUUUACAGUGAUAAAAACAUAAAAACAGAAUUUAAAAAAUCAUUAACUAUCUCAAAAAAAUGUUGACAGACAUCGUGUGACCCUCAUGUCUUAUGACAGUCAACUUGUUAAAUUUUCAAGCAUUUUUGUCUGACUAGCAAUUUUAUUCACGAAGUACUUACCAAAUAUAAACUGUGUAAAACCUCACAAAAUUAAAAUGUCUAUAAAUAGCUCAAAAAUGACCUAAAUAUUUUGAACAUUUUAUUACGUCUAGAAAAGGCAAACAUAAAAUAUAUACACAAAUUUCAAAUCGCUGUUUUUUUUUUUUUUUUUUAGUUUUACUCAAUUAUUGAUAAACUUACACAGAAAAUUUAAAAAAAGACUUUCUUACUCAUCAGCUACAUUAAAAAUUCAACAACAAUAAUAUUCUGUUGUUUUUUUAUUGGGCAAUAUUUCUAGUAAAAAAUAAAGCAUACAAAUUUAAAAUAAUGUAAUUUUAACGACGUAAAUUUAUUACUUUUUUUUAUUAUUCCCAAUUAUUAGGAAAAUUACAUGAAAUAUGAAAAAAUAAAUUUUUUCGUAAACAACCCGAAAUUCUACACGAAAGACCUCUUGUCAUUUUUUGAUUUAAGCAAGAUUUCUAGUAGAAAACAUAGUUACAAAAAUGUAAAACCAUGAAAUCAUUACGUCGUAAAUAUUUGUCCGUUUAUCUCUACGUUUUUCCUACGUUUUUUCUCGGUUUUACCCAAUUAUUAUAAAAAACCACAUAGAAAAUCAAAAAAGGACCUUCCGUAAUGUAACAAAUAAAUAAAGUUUUCUUUCAGAAAAGAUACUACACUUCAUAUAUCGGAGCAUGAUUUCUGGUAGAAAUUUUUGUACACUGUUUUAAAAAAAAUAUACAUAAUUUUUAAACUAAUACAUUCCUAGCUUCACUCAGAAUUUAACAUUCUAAAUAAUAAAAUCAUACUCCGUAAAUUUGUUCAUUUUCACUUUACGUCUUUUUUUCUCAACUAUUAUAAAAACUUUUUAGAAAAUCAAAAAAUGACUUAAUUCUAUAGCAACAAAUUUCUUCAACUAAGAAAGAUAAGAACGAAUAAAAUGUAACUUGAAGCAUCAACUGUUUAGAGCAUUUUUUGUUAUUUAUAAACGUGAUUACAAUAUAGUAAUCGUAUUUAUUAUCAUAAAAUAUAAAAUGUAUUUAGUACAACGAAUUUAAAUUUAAAAUCACAUUUAAAACACCUCAGUGACAAUAACUAAAGUGCUUCUCCGAACUUCGAACACUUAAACUAAUGAGGAAAGAUAAUUUUAUCUUAAAUAAGUAGGGGAAUAAGUAGUUCAGUCACCCCCACUUUAACCACAGACUGUUCUCCAUAUCCGAAGCAGUGGGCGCGGGGCUAUCACUACAUCAUUCUCACCCCCCCCCCCCCAUUAUGACCCUGAUUCUGAGUGAAGUGCAGUUAUAUUUUGAAAAACUACAACCUCUACGAUAUUCGUCAAAAUUUAAUCUUAAAACUCUUAAAAUACAACUACAUUUCACUUAAUUUUAAACCACUAAAUACUAUUUAUAAUAUAUCUCGUGUUUAAAUUAUCAAGUAUUUCUUUUUAGUCAAACAAUUUUAUCCACAUAUUUCUUACAUAAAAAGUAAAAACAUGUCUAUAAAUAGCUCGAAAAUUGUCAAAGUGUUUUACCUAGAAAAGACUAUCAUAAAAAUUCUGUACAAAUUUAAGCUCUUUACGAUAACAAUUUUAAACCAAUUUACAACAAAUAUACCAAAAUUUAAAAAAACGAAACCAUUAAUGCUAUAAUAUUUCUCCUACUUGGUAUGUUUUUUUUUUUAAAGUUUUUCCGAAUUAAUAUGAAAACUGGUUGGAAAAUCAAUACACAACUAACUUACACACUAACUAGAUCUAAAUUGCAAUAAAAAAGGUCUGUUAAAUACCUAGAGUAACAGUAUUGUUUUUAUUUGAUUUUAUUAGGACUAAUUGACAUUAAUUCCUCAACAAAACAAAUUUCUACAUCUCAUGGAUUCGAAAAUAAUAGUCCAAUAGUAUAUUUUAAUAUUUUAUUCUAUUUUCUACACCUAAAGAAUCGUUUUUAUAUUCGUUGACCAAUUUUAAGCUUUGACCUAAUCUUAACUAGACGAAACCAAGAUUGCGAUAAUUGAAACCUACGACAAAAUUAAUAAUACAAUCUAAAAUUGGUGUCUAAAGUAAUGUUCUUGCUGAAAACGAUUAUCACAGAAUGGCUUAAAAGCGGAAAAGUUAAUUUUGGUCGAAAAUGGUUCCUUUUCUAUACCGGCAUUGUGCCAACUGGUACCAGAACAAGUGCAAUUUUCCAAUCAACAACCACAAUCCGGUCACGUGCUGCCCGCCCAGGUGUCCACUGCCGUAAAGGUCUCGUCGUCCAUCAUCCCCAAACCCAAAUUGGUUGUGUAUUUUCCUGUUUUUUAUUUUUAAGUAGUUGUAAGUGACUCACCUUGAGGCAGUUAGCGAACUCCCCCGUGCUACGGGAUAGUAAAGUUAUGUUCUCUUCUUCGCCCUCGUCCCCGGCUAUCAAACCGCAUCGCCACUGUCGUUGCUGCAAUUAUGGUCAGUGUGGUUGUUGCCAGACUUGUAUUUAAACACCUUGGACGCCCAGUGGGUAUGAGAAGUAGCCGAGUAUGUUAGAAUGCCUACGCCUUGAUAGUAUGGCGCAAGGUUUAUAAGUUGCCUACUCGCUAAGCAGAAAUGUAAAGGUGCUCGGUCCUUUCGAACCAAUCUGGUCCUUUGACCGUAAAACAUUUCUUACUAUAACACAAUCUUUAUUGAUAUUAUCUACCUACAAUUUAACUGUGGCCAUAGAUAUAUAUAUAUAUAUCGAUAGCCAUAAUGUGGUUUGUCUUUUCAACAAUGCGCUCUAUUUGUAUUCAAUAUAACUAAUAUUCUAACUAAAUAUAGUUCUAAUAAAUUAUUUUUCGACAAAUUUAUUUUCGUAGACAAUAUUUUCGGACAAAAAACUUUUCCAGUCAAAUAUUUUUCAAGCAUUUUAUUUUCGUCUAUUAUAGUUUGGUAUAAAUUAUUUUUAUUAUUAUUUUUCGACUAAAAUACUUUUCUAAUCAAAUUUUUUUCUGUUCGAAUAAUUUUUGUAAGUAUAUUUUCUACCGAAUUAUUUCCAACGAAUUAUUUUCGAACAAAAUAUAGGUCAACGGUUAAAUGAGUGCUCUUAGUGUCUCCAGCUGAUGGUCCUACUUUAGUAGCGCGCUCUAGUGACAAAAUUUGAAUCUGAAAAUAGACCGUGAUUAAAUCGGAUAGUACACUAGAGCGCGCCACCAAAGUGGGAUGUUCGGCCGGGGACAUAAAGGUCCGGCCGCACACCUAAAGAGUAAAACUGUAUUAGUCAUUGAUAGUCAUUUCCGUUUUAGUCAACUAAAAACAAUUUGGUUUUGUGUAGCGCACAUUACCUAGACAAAAUUCAGUAGUCAAAAUGCCAUCUGAUGAAGAUGUUGCAAUUUGCAUGUGGUACACAUUACAAAAUUUAGAAGGAAAUACUACUGCGUAACAGAGUUGUAAACAUUUAUUAAUAACUAUAAAAUAUAAAAAUAUGUAUGAAAUUUUAUUAUUAUCUCUUAUUUACAGUUAUAAUUAAAAUUUUAAAUAUGCCAUCAACAUUCAUUUCUUUGCUUAUUUCUUCCCAUAACCUAUCUUGAACAAUUUUAUUGCUAUGCUCCUUGUUAUUAAAAUCAUAAAGAGAUGGUCUAACUUCCACUAAACUAAUAUUUCUCCAUCACAAGUCGUAUUCGAUCGUAUUCGAAAUAAAUACGACGUACGAAAUACGAAAAAUACAAGAAAUGUUUAGUUAUGACUAUCGAAAAAUGUGGACACUUCAGACAGUAUUAGUCAUGACUGAUGGUGUUUAAAACAAAAAUGUUUUCGUUUUAUUUUUGUCUGAUGAAUAUGCGUAUGCAACGGAAUUCCAUAUGUUCUAUUUUUAAUAAAACUAUGUUAGGCUGACUAACGCUGCUUAAAGUAGUUUUGCUCUUUUGGUGUACGGCUGGCUUUAGAGCACACAUUUUACUACAGUCUUAUACACGAUAUACACGAUAAUUGUUGAUUAUCUUUAAAGGAGUUUUACGAGACAGAAUAGAAGAAAGGAUACUUUGGGUCUAUUGCCAGUUGUACGUGAUUUGAAGAACGAGGAUGAACAUAGUGAAAGCGAACAUGUCAACAACCAAAUGAGGAAGGACGAUUCGAUUUGCGACACUCUGUCGAGUAAGCCGAUUCAGAUGACUGUGGAUUUCAAUGAUAUAACUUUUUUAAUAACUAUAUUAUCUCAUUUUUUAUAGGUCCAUUGUUUCGUAUCAUCAUUUGUGUUGUCAUCGUAGUGGUUAUUUUAAUAUAUAAGUCAGAUUAUUUUCAUUAUUUUCAUUCAAAAAACGAAAAAUCUUCCAGAUUGAUUAUAAAGACAUCGUGGAACUAUUCAAAAAUGUUAUACGGUCAGUGAAUACGUGUAUUUAUUAAUAUAAAAUUAAAUAUUAAUUCAACUGGUGUAAAAUUGGUAUUUCUAAGUGUUUUUUUUCUUUCUUUUUUUUAUUUUUAUUGUUAUUAUUACUGAAUGAUCCCCAUUGGAUUUAUUAAAUUCCCUGUAGAUAUACUAAGUUAUAAUGUUGUAUGUUCAUAAAAAUGUAGAAAAGGAUUUAUAUAAUAGGUAAUAAAUACCUAAAAAGUUAGGUAGGAUACCUAAAAAAAUGUUAUAAAAUUAGAAUUGUCUUUGAUUGGCUUUAAUUUUCUAACUUUAAUUUCAGAAGAUGACGAAGGAAAACCACAAAUUGAAGUAAUUGAAAUCUUACCCAAUUGUGGAUUACAGACCAUUUGUUCCGAAAACGCUUUUCCCGUUCAUAUAUACACUGGUAAAAACAAGACAGACUUCCCGAAGUUGUGUAUCAUGGGCAAAUAGUAUGUAUUUCUUAAAAAAGUUUUACCUAAAAUUUAAAAACAUAUAAUAUUUAAUAAAAUAAACUAUAACAUUUUUAAAAUCACACAUUUUUGUUUUAAAUUUCAUCGUCAAAAUAAAUUUAAUAUUUGGUUUUAAAAUAUAACUAUAGAUACCUUAGAUAUACUACUCAUCAAAUUAAAUUUUAUAUUUUGAUUAGAUUUUAACCACUUAGAUAUAAGUAGCCUAAGCACUUCAACUAUGCACCACCAAAUAGUUUUCAGAGCUCAUUGUUUGAAGUUAUUUUAACAGUUAAUACAUUCGUUUUUUUAUACAUGUUGUCAGUGGUAUAAGGAUAUUUCGCCCAAUUGUUUCCAUAAGUAUAUAGAUAAAAUUAAUUAUUCCAACACAUACCUAUAAGUACUGCGAAGAAUGUGGUAUCCAAUAUAUAAACUCAAAAAUCCUCAACAAAGUAACAAAACCAGCUUUUUCCUUCAAUAAACAAAUCAAAAUUGUAUACCAUCGCGUAAAAAAAUAUAUUAAUAAUAUAUUAUUAGUAUCAUUCUAAAUUUAUAUUAUGUAUUAUAUUCUGUUUUAAUUUUUUUUUUUUUUUUUUACAGCGUUAUGUCUUUCAAUCGCACACUAGGUGGACGUGGUAUCAAUGUAGCUGUGAUAGAACCCAAAACAUAUACUAUAUUAGCUGUUAAUAAUUUUGAUACGUAUGAAUAUAAUAGUUCAAAUUUGGACGUUUGGCUUCAAAACAUGUUUAAAAUUGGACACAUAAUUAUAUUUUUCACGUUUGACGAGGCGUCCAAAAAAUUAACUAAAAACACAAGAAAUAUGUUAUACAAAAUGGGUAAAUAAUAUCUAUGUAUCUAUGAUAAUAUAAGAUUUUAACGAUAAAAUACGUACACGUCGUAUAGGUACAGGUAUUAUAGUAGUUAAAAAAACCGGAUAUGCACCAUGGACGAACAAUUGUAGUUUGCUAAUUCAGAAGGUUUAAUACACAGGAACAGGGUAGCUAAGUUAAUAUUUAUACGAAAUAAUGAGUCUUUGAAAACGAAAAACGAUUCUGAGCAAAGUCGGUUAUAACAUGGUUUGAUACAAUUAAAUUGAUAAUAGUAACAACUUGUUACUAUACAGAGUGUCCCACCAGGAUUCGACAAAUGCAAUAACUUUUGUUCUAUUCAAUAUUUUUGAUAUAAUUUUGUUAUAAAUAAUUAAUAUGCUUCAGCGCUAUAGUUUGUAUAUGAACAUUUUUUUUUUUUGGAUGGACUUAAAAUAAAAAAUGUACAAUUUUACUAUACCUUUUUUUAAAAAAAAUCAAAUUAACCAUUUGGUAAAAUUAAUUUUUAGAACAUUUUUGGUGGUUGAAGCUUUUGUUAAAAUAUGGUUUUAUUUUUUACAAUAUUUUGAAAAUUUGAUUAAUUUUCUUUUCAAUCAUAACAAUAUUAUUUAUUCACAUAAAUUAUCAUUAUUGAUUAAUUGAAACUACUUCAUAACUAUAAUAUGAUAAUAUUAUUGCAUGAUAUUAACUCGUAAAAAAGAAAACCCUGACUAAUAACUGAUAACUAAAUAACCAUAAUAGGUAAUAUUCACAUUUGCAACAACUUCAAAAAAUUAUAGAAAAUAAAAGACCAUACUUUAACAAAAGUUUCAACCAAUAAAAUUUUUUUAAAAAUCUAUUUUACAAAAUGGCCAUUUUUAAUUUUUUAAAAAAAAAAUAUAGUAAAAUUUAAUUUUUUUUAUUUUAAGUUACCCCUCCCCCCCAAAAAAAUAAUAAUAUAAACUGUGAGGCAAAUUAAAUUAAUUAUUUAAAAAAAUGUAUAUUCAAAUUAUUGAAUAGAACAAAAGUUAUUCUUCGUCGAAUCUUCGUGGAACACCUUCAUAUAAUAAAUCAAAAUUGUCCGUAUUUUUCGGCUCAAGUUUUUGAACAAUUUUGCCGAAUUAAACAAUUUUUAUCCACACGAUAAAACCAGCAAAUUUGAAAUUUUCAAAGAUCUAGUUCAAAAUAACUUCAUAAAUGCCAGAAUUGGUCGAAAAUUGUACCGCGUCUAGAAAAUCCUAAUGCUAAUUGUCAUUUGACAAAAACUGCAUGUGUUUUAUGACUAUUUUUAUCUUAAUUAUGACAAUUAAAACAAAAUCAAAAAUAAUUACAGAAAUCGUUAUUGUGUAAAUAUUCCCGGGAUUUCCAGUUUUAAAAUGUUUGAAAAGUUUUUGAACUUCAUGGGAAAUCAAAAAUUGACCUUUUCAAUGCACCAACUAGACAAAAUUUGUUACCAGAGAGGUCGCAUAAGUGGUUUCUUGAAGUUUAUGAUGAAAAGAUAAAGAUAUUUAACUGUAUAUACGCCUGUCUACGAUCCAAAUAUGUUCUAUCUUUUGACUAUGAUACAUUUUAAUUGAAUAUCGUAAUUCAUUUGUAUUAUAUUUUUCUCACGCAACAAGAUUAUAUACAGAAAAUAAUUAUUUUUUAUAAAAAAAGUUGAAUUAUUAUUAUCAUUUACAAAACCAAUAACGAUACGAAAAAUAUAAAAAUUAGAUCGUUGACUAUUAUAUACCUAAAGAUAAAUGUAUAUACUUGACAUUCGACAUAGGUAUAUAUUUAAUACAUAGAUCGAACCAUUCAUAUUUACUCAUGCAUAUAUAUUAUGUAUAUAUAUAUAUUAAAUAUAUAAUGUGUAGACAGGUAUUUAUAAUAAACAGCGGUAGUAGUAAAAUUAAAAUACUUUAGGAAGCGGAAAAAUUCAAGACUUAAGGUACAGAUGUCAAUGGUAUUUGGUGACACAAAUGGGAAUUCAAGGUAUUUCACCGUACGAAAAAAUCACGUAUUCGCAUAAGAACAAUUGGGCAGAAGUGUUGGACGAAAGAUUAUGCGUCCCGUUUCAUAGUAAAUAAUCAACAGUACUUACCCAUAAAAACCAAAAUCUGAAUUUAUUGAUUUUUUUUUUUUGUUGUUAUUUUAUUUCAUAGUAACGGGAAGUCCAAUUUUAGUUGAUGAUUUAACGAACAAUCAACAGUCGUUUUGUAGUAAUACAUCGCUAUGGACGGAAGAGCUAUCCGAAUUUUGUAACGAAAGUAAGCAGAUUUGUUUAAUUUACCCAUGAAUUCCUUUACACAUAUUUUAAUAAUAAUAAUAAUAAUAUCGGAUUCAAGAAUGUUAUUAGCAAUUAGUUGGUUAUUAAGGUGGUUAAUCGCCUUUUUGCGAUUUGCGGUUUUGCAUGAAUUUAAUAAUCGUAUAAAAUGGCAAUAAAAUAAUGUUGAUAAUAUUAUUUAUUUUAUAAAACAUAAAUUACAAAACUGAAAUUGAAAAAACUGUUACAAAUAAUAUAUUAUUACAUACCGUUUGUAGGGUUUUAUUAUUUUAACAUUACAACUAGAUACACUUACUCAAAGAACUUUCUAACAUUUUUGUGCAAGUAAUGACAUGCAUUUUCACAUAUUUCAACGUUAAAUUACCAAAUCAAUAGGAUACACUAUCAUAUAAGGGCGGUGGGUGCGUUUACAAAAGAAUAUUUCAAGUGGAGGAGGAGGGUUAAGGUUGUACACUUUCAUACUCUUAUAACAAAGAGGUUUACAUACUUUAAAUUAUAGGACAUUUUAUUUUUCAUUGAAAAUGUCAAUAUUUUAGAAUAUUCACUUUUAGCCUUUUGGUUACCUGUUAAUAAAUUUUAAAUUCAAUAUUUUUUAAGUGAAUACAACCUAAAUGAUAACGUAAUUCAUAUUAUUGUGAUGAUAAUGCGGACUAUGCAAUGUCGGCGUACCAGUUAUAAUUUUCUAAAAGCAGGAAAACCACAAAAAAUUAUAAAUGAUAAUAAUAACAAUAUAUAUAUAUAUAUCUAGCAAUAAAAUUAAAAUAAAACCAAAAUUGUAUUUAUCUUCCUCGUUGACAGAAACCACAAUUGAGACUCUAUUUAAAAUCUACUUUCAUCAUAAUUUUCAUGAAAUUUCAAGGGGAAUUUGAACCAAUAAUAACUCCAGUUGUACGUGUGCCCGAGGGGCAGCAAAUUUUUUCAACAUGAUUGUCAAAAAGUGCGUUCAGUUAUCAAACAGCUACAGUAAACUGUAACCGCACCAGGACAGCUUGUUCGCUGAACUACUGUAAACAGGUUGUUCAAAACUACAUUGCCAAAACACCCCUAUUGUGUGUACGCAUUUUCGAAAAAAUACUAUUGGAGAGAUUUUAGGUGAUAUAUAGAUACAAAACAUAAUAAUAUGUAAUGCAAUUCACCAAUAUUCUAUCAAGGGGUGUUUAUUUAUUUAUAUGGAGAAAACUCCAUUUACACAUUACGAAUUUACAAUGAAAUUAGCAAUUUAACAUAUAACAAUAAUUUAUCUGAAAAUGAUAUAGUAUACAAAAAAUGGCUUGAACAUAAAGUUUAAGUAUAAUUUUUAACAUUAACCAAACUAUAUAAUACAAAUCUUACAUGAUUCAAUAAUAUAUACAAUAGUAUAUUUAUAAAUAAGUUCUUAAGCUAUGUAUUGAAAGUGGUUUUAACAUCUCCUGGUUUACAGAAAAAUAAAUCUAAAUUAGUGGAAUUUCCCAGAGUCAUUAAUGUAUUAAACGGCGAUAAUAAUAAAUAUUUAGUUUUAACACGAUAGAAUAAAAACAUUUCUUUAUCUUUCGUGUUAUUAUUAUAAAUUCUAAAAUUAAUUUUGUUUACGAUUUGAGGACAGUCUACAUUAUUAUUUAUUAAUUAAAAUAGAAACAUGCAAUUCAUAUAGUUUCUGCGAUUAAAUAAAGUAGACACAUUAAAGAAACUUAAAACGCCAUCAUAUCUUAAUGUUUUGAAUUAAUUCUAAUGUUAGAGAUGUAUUAUUAUUAUUAACUGGUGACCAAAUGAGAGUAGCGUAUUCAAGUUGGGAUCGUAUAAGUGAGAAAUAUAUAUUUUUUUAAAGCAUGUUGAUUAUUUAAUUCUGAGCAAUUUCGUUUUAAAAAAUCCUAAUUUUGAUAAUGCAGAGUUUCUUAAUUCAAUGUGAAAAUUACAGUUUAGUUUACUGUAAAAAAAAAAAAAUACCUUAAUCGUUUAUGAUAAUUUUGUAUCCUAAUGUAAUCGUGUGGAAUGAAAUAAUCUAUAAUUAAAAUUCAUAAUUAUACUUUUAUAAGUAAAAGAAAUGACUACACAUUUAUCAAUAUUAAGUUCCAUUAUGUAAUUAAUGCACCGUUCUUGAAAGCUAUAUAAAUCUCACUGUAAAUGUAACUCAUCAAUUUCAAAAGUAACUGUUUUAAAAAUGUGUGUAUCAUCAGCAAAUAAUAAUAUGUUAUAAUAUUUAAAUAUAGAAGUUAUAUAUUUUAUAAAGAGUAUAAACAAAAUAGGUGAUAAAUGGUCACUUUGUGAUACUCCUGAUUUAGCGUUAAUUAAAUGAGAGAUAUAUUUGCCGUGUUUUACUAUUUGUAUUCUAUUCUCGAGAAAAGAAGAUAGCCAUGACUAGAGAGGAUUAUAGAUCCUAUAAUUUUCUAAUUUCCGAAUGAGUAUAUUAUGAUCCACGCGGUCGAACGAUUUUUUAAAGUUGAUGUAUAAGACAUCAAUUUGUGAAUUUAAAGCAAAUGAAUUGUAAAAAUUUUGUUUAAAAUUAGCUAAAUUGGUUAUUGUUGAACGUAUUAUUAUUAUUAUUAUAAUAUUGCAGAGUACAGCCCGUAGGUAAAAUGAAAAUAGGGAAGUGGGGCCAUCGUAAGACUUAGCCCUCCCCGAGCCGUGCCAAACUUAUUUCUCAAACUCAAAACCUUCGAAGUAAUUUUGUUUUUAACAUUAAGUCUAAAACCUAUUAGGCUCAAUCCCCCUAUGUAAUUUCGGACUGUGACUACUUAGGUACGCUAAUGUGAUUGUAUAAUUAUUAUUAUUAUUCGAUAUUGUGCCGCCGUAUAAUAUAAUAAUGUUAUAUUUUCGAUUAACGGGCGGAAAAAAUGUUGCAGGUAACAAACAUUAACAACAAUUACGGUUAGUCGAAAUUCGUCUUCAGUCUUCGAGUGAAGAGUCGGACGCUUAUAAUAAUAGAACGCCGGACUGAACGACGUAACGGCUCUACACGAUGGAACCACCACCGCGGUCAUAUUACUAUUAUUAUUCUAUAUUAUAUUAUACAUUAUACUUAUGUUAGGACACGUUUUGAUUUUUUUUUUUCUGUUUCACAAGUGAGGUUUUAUUUUUUAUUUACAAAUAAUUUAAUAAGGAACGAACGAAAAUGUGUGCAUAUAUGUAUAUAAUAUAAUUUAAGGUAUUUUUGCGCAGUCUAGAAAGAAAAAUAUUGUACUUGGAGAGAAUGUCCGGUGGUGCUCGAGGGUACGACAUUAGGGGUUAUAUCUCCCUCUUCUCAGAUUGGCUUAAAAAUAUAAUAAUGUAAAAGAUCAGAUUUUGGAUGUCAGAUCUCCAUAGUCUGUGUAUUUUAAUAACUAAAUUAUAAUGAAAAAAAAAGCUUGAUUUAUUGAAUACAAAUUAGCUUUUUCAGAUCUGGAUUUUAAAUUUCUCACUGUCGAUUUCAGACAAAUAUUUUACGACUUCUUCAUGAGUCAUUACGAUUUAUAUUUACUAUAUAUAUAUACAUUCCCUCUUAUUGAAAAUUACCGGACACGCCACUCACUGAUUAUAUUGGUAUAUUUGUACGAAUAUUUGUUCGUAUGAAAUGUUAUACCUAAUAUUAUAUUAUAUAGUACCUAUACAUAUUGUGUUGUACAAGAAUUUACGAUAUCCAGUCAACGGUGUGUGGUGCCCACUCAACGAUUAAUCAAACGAUCGCCCUUUGGACAAACCUCUAUCUCUUUAUUUUUCUCUGUGCACGCGUUAAGCGAUUUCACACGGGCCAAGUUUUCUGAAUAAGACGCACGAAUUCACCUGUAAAAGUAAAUUAUAAACAGGAUACACACCGAAUCCGAAGAUAAUCGUACAAAAAUGCGGGUAUGAGGUACCUACCUAUGUACAUAAUACGUAUAGGUAUAUAUAUAUAGACUACCCGAUGUGACAUUGUAGGUAGUAUAAUAAUAGUGGCAUCGGGUACUGAGGUACCCGAUAUAUACCUACAUAUUCAUAUUGUUACAAUACUCGCAAAUACAAAACCACCGAAAUCGCAUUGCCUAUUUUAAACGCUUUAUUGCGGUCGUAUAUUGCAUUUUUUUUUUUUUUUUGAUAUCGGUAAAAAAAAAAAAAAUAAUAAUAAUAAAUCACUAAUGCUAGUCGGCGGGAUACAUAUAUAUGUUAUUAUACAUAUUAUGAGUACAAAAUACACAUACCUGUACGGCAAUAUAUUUAUUUUUAAUAACUAAUAAAUUGAUAAAUAUUUGAAUACCAUAAAUUAUUACGUAUGCUAAAUACCCCUUAAUAUGUUCAAUAAUUCAAAUUCGUGAAAAAUAAUCAUAUUUGAUCGGGUAGGUACAGUUUGCGGCCGUGAUAGACUUGUAGGAUUUGACAUAAAAUGUAAAAUUAUAAAUUAUUAUUAAUAUAUUAUUGUGUUCUUGCUUAAACAUAUAAGAGCUAUAUAAUUUUUCAAUUUCAUUGAGCCUUAUUAUGUGCCAUAAACCAUCUUGAUAAAAAAAUAUCAGUAAAAGAUUAACGUUAUUUACAACAAAUCGAAUCUGAUUUUAUAUUUACAAAUAUAUAUAUAUAUUCGAAAUUGAGUAGUAUUUUCAUAAAAACGUGUUAAUAACCGUAUUUUAUUAUAUACUAUUAUAUACCCACUAUACUUUAUAUGCACGGUCUAGUUUCACUUCUAAGUAUUUUAAGUAUUUUUUUUCCAUGCGAUCCAAUUUAACCCUUUGUCAGUAAAUAUUCAAUUUUCUCUGUGCCUCACGAUUUCUAAGAUUAUGAUACGCUCUCACUUGUGUCUUGCAGGGAUUUGAUUUUCGUAACGGUUUCGUUUGUAAUAUUCGACUAAUGUUACACUAAUGAUUCCUUAAUUUCCUCUAUUUCUUCGAAAUUAUCCGCUUGUGCGGCUACCGCAAAGUUAUCAGAGUACAACAAAUUCUUCGUUGUAAGACUCUUCGGCUGAUCAUUUGUGUGGAUAUUAAAAAGUAGCGAUGCCAAAUCAUUCCUUUGAGAUAAGUCGUUUUUGUUUUUUACACUUGCCAUUUUUACCCUGCAACAUGACAUAUAAAACAUACGACCGUAAAGUCCUUCAGAUACGCUCCAAUUAUUUUUGUAAACAUAUAGUCUUUCGUAAGUUCAUAGAUCUUUUUCCUUAGCAAUCGAUGAUUGACAGUGUCAUACGCUGCACUAACGACCAUGUAUGCUUUACCUGUGAUUAGCUUUUUUCUCGUAUCCAUAAAUACCAGUGACCGACACGCAAAGAAAAAAACCCACUACUAUACUCACUAGAUUCCCAUGUUAUUAUUCGUAAAUACGCGUGUUGCAAGUGUUAUUUAAUUAAAAUGUUACACUAACGUAUUAUUGUAAUUUAAUUUUAGGACUUGCAUAUAGCGUUAUAAUUAGUACUUGCAUGUAUAAUGCCUAAAUUAAUAAACAUACCAUUGUUAUGAAUUCGUAUUCUAAUGCAUUACGAUAUUCAACAUUAUAGUAGCUAUAUUUUAAUUUUUCACGCAUAAAUAUUAUGUAUUGUAAUACGGAUUGAUUUCAAUAUGUCUUAAAUCUAAAGAGGUUAAACAUUUCACUGAAAAAUAUGUUCCUAGUAAUAGUCCAAAUAUUUAUAUUUGUGUAAUUAUCUUAUAUAAUACUAAUAAUAUGUAAGUAUGCUUACCUACUGUUAGUAAAUUGUACUGUACACCAGAUAGGUACAUAAUUAAAUUGUAUCAAUUUUGACUUUAUUUUCUUUAGAUUUAAUUAAUAUUUAACAAAUGUAAUCAUUUUUUUCUAUUGAAUAUUAAGAUUUUUUUUUUUGAUUUUUUUUUUCGUAACAACUAUUAUAGCUCUGCACUAUAAUUUUUAUAUUUUGUAUUUUAUUUUAUUACUUUAUUGCUAAAAAUACAAAAUUUAGAUUUUUAUAAUCCAAGAUAGCUAUUUGAAAGAAAAAAUUGUGUGUGCUCAAAAAUAUCAUUUAGAUUAAGCCAUUAAUUCUUUAAAGUUUGCUCAUAUUCAAAUUCAAUUCUUACUAAUUUUACUAAUGACAAAUGUUAAUAUUUUAUCAAACUAACAGCUUAAAUAAAGGGUAGAAGGCUAUCAUUCAGAAAUCAUAAAGACAAAUAUUGAUAAGGAUAAAUGAUAAUAGAUAAAAGCGUAAUUCCUAUAAAUAUAUAUUUUAAUUUUGUAAUAUUUAAAUACUAAAUACUUCUUUUUUCAUAUGAGUUAAUAUCCGUUUUAGAUGUUGAUUAUCAUAUUCGCAAUGUUGUUCCUGUUCAGUGAUGCCUGAAAUAAAUCAUUUGAUGUUUUAUUAUACUAGUCGUGGAGAUUAUUCAACUAAAAUAUUCGUUUUCUUCCCACACUUCUGUUUCCUUCGAUCUUUCCUUGUAAUAUAAGUUAAAAUAUUUUGUAUCGUUGGUUAUUGCUCAUGAUGUGUACCGUUUAUUCUAGUUUCCGAGCUUAGAUUGUUGUUAAUAGUUCUUUUUCUUUCUACGUCUAGUAUCUUUUGAUUAGUAAUACGAUCUGUCCAUACAAUGUAUAACAUUCGCCUAUAAAACCACAUUUCAAAACACUCAAUUUCUCGCAUAUUAACUCUGUUAAUGUCCAAGUUUCGACUCCAUAUAAUAAUACGGAAAACACGUAACACCUUAACAGACUGAUUUUCAUACUAAAAAACAAAUAAUGACACUUGAAUACUUUCGACAUUUUUCGAAAUGCUUCCCUAGCUCUUUUGAUUCUACAUUUUAUUUCUACUGGCUAAUCCUAGCCUUAAUUUGUUGUUGUUCCGAGGUAAAUAAAUACUACUAUAUUUAAUUGUAAUGUUGCUUUGUCCGGAGCAAAUGAAAGAAAUUAAUUGAAAAUAAAUGCCGAUUUUUUACACAAAUCCUCGUCGGGUAGUAUUUUAUUUCGUGUGCACUGUGAGUGUUAUGUUAACAUGUGACUAAGCCGGGUUUCCGAAGACGGUUCUUAUCAUUUUUCAAACAAGUACCAUUCACCGUUAAAUUAAUAUAAUAAAAAUAUUAUUAAAUUGCACAAUAUUUCAUGGAAAAAUCAUAUUCAUUCACACGCAUAAAAUGUCAUAUUUCACAAAACUUGAAAAAUCGUUUAAAAAUAAUAUUUAUUUAACCUUAUUACCUAAAAGUUAUAAACACCCGAAUUUUUCUAAAAAUUAAAUUUUUAUUUUUAUUUAAAAUUUCUAAAAAUUAAAAUUUAACUAGAAUAUAUUUAAAUUAUAGCGUCAAGAAAUAAUAAUAAUUAAAAAAAAAAAAAUUAAAAAUAUUCAAUACAAAAAAAAAUUAUUAUAUUUGUUAAAUAGUCCUGUGAAAUUCUGUAUAAAAUAUGCGAGGUUGUUUAAUUCAAAUUUCCAAACUGAUCUAAAUAAUAUUAGAUAACGGAAUUCAGUUAUUAUCAUUGGAUUACAAAAGUAAAAAUUUGUCGCUGUUCAUAUUAAUAUUAAUAUUAUUUUUUAGUUAGAAAUAAAAUAUUUACAUAUUUUUGUACAAGAGUAUCUAAAUGAAAAACUAAAACUGAACUUAUUGAUUCGUCCAUACAGUGUAAUAUGUUUUUAAGACUGCUUAUGUGUCCGUCUAUGGAUUGCUUGAAUUGGAAAAACGUAAAAAGAGAAUGCAAAAGUGAAUACAAAAAAAUUGCGUUCUAGCAAGAUGCAACUAAUAUAAAAUAAUAAUUAGAAAAUUUUUCCGUCCCCUGUCCAAUUCAAGCACAAGGAUUUAUAGUUUUUAAAAAAAAAAAAUUAUCUAUAUAUAAUUAUAAAGAUACUGAAUCUCUUACUGUAACAACAUUUCUAUUUUUAUCAAACUUGAUUUUAGUUGUUAUCCUAAUUUGUGAUACGCCAACGUCAACCGUAAUUAUAUGAUUGAUUUAAUGUUAAGUAUAGCUUCAUAUUUAUUAGGUUUGUUUUUAAUUGUAACUAUAUUAUAAUAUUAUAUAUCAAUCGAAAAUAAUUUUUUAUAUUAUUAUAUCCGUUGUAUUUACAAUAAUCCAUUCGGAAAAUUGUAAAACUGGAAAAUCUCGUGUCGGUAGGGAGCGGGUGGUGGGGGUCUUUGGAACUUGCUGAUUUACAUUUUGUAAAAUUUGCGUUCGAAAUUUCCCCUACAAGCAAAAAUAUGUAAACAUUAUGUACCUAAACCUAU